AUAAAUUAUUUUUAACUUCUAAUUAAGUAAUAUUUUUUCCACAAUGAUUUUGAUGCCGAAGGAUUCCGCAAAAUUUAUAAAUUUUUGUUCUAAAAAUGUUUUUGUUGAAAAUGAAGGAGUCAAAAAUGUUGCUUACGCGGUUUUAAAAGGUCUUAAAGAUGGUAAAAUAAGUGUAAAUAAUUAUUCUCAAUGUCAAUUUCACCCUUCUCCUGAAGAUCCAAAAGCAGUUGAUUGGAUAUUUAUUUUGAAUACAUUAAAUUAUUCUUUUUGGAAUGAAAAAAAUUGUCCAAAAUGGACAGUUAAUAAUCAAACUGGAUAUUUUGCAUUAUGUGCUGCUAUUAAAAGAGCUAUAAAUGAGGGGAAACCUAUAGUCGAUCCCAAGUAUUAUUCUCAAAUAACGAGAUCCGAAGCUGAAUAUAUUUUUCGUGGCGAUACAGAAACUAAUAUUCCGCUGUUAGACGAAAGAGUAAAAUGUUUGCGAGAUGCUGGAAAAGUUUUAUUAGAGAAGUAUCAAGGUACUUUUGUUAAUUGUGUCAAAUUGAGCUCUCACUCAGCUCAGAAUUUACUCAGAUGUAUCGUGAAAGAAUUCGAAUCUUAUCAAGAUGAGGCAGACUAUAAAAUUCACAGAGUCAGUUUUUACAAGAGGGCUCAGAUACUGGUGGGCGAUAUUUGGGCCUGCUUCAAAGGGGAGGGGAUUGGCAAAUUCUUGGACAUAGAUUAUCUCACGAUGUUCGCCGAUUAUCGUAUUCCCCAAAUCCUCCUACAUUUUGGUGCUAUUCGUUACAGCAACGCUCUCAUGACUAAGCUAGAAUCUGAUAUAGAGUUAGAAAACGGUAGCGAUGAGGAAAUUGAAAUUCGUGGUUGCACGAUAGAAGUGAUCGAAAGAGUGAAAUAUGAAGUAAAAGAUCUAAUCGAGCGUUAUCCUAAAGAGAAAAAAAAUCAAUUAAAAUCAAAUAUUAAUUCAAUUCUGAUCGAUCAUUUCCUGUGGAAUUAUCGGCGAGAACACGAAGUUGAAUUAGAAAUUGUUCCGUAUCAUAAAACUAGAUGCAUAUAUUAUUGAAUAUUGUUUCGAGAAAAAAGAAUAUUUGAAAAUAACGUAUCAAUGCAAUAAUUUUAUAAUUUUAUAAUUUUAAACAAGUUAUGAUUUUUUUUAUAAUUCAUACACACACACACACACAUAUAUGUAUGUGCAAAUAUUCGAAUAAAAUAUGCAGUAUAUUUUAACAAUUUUAA